CCAUAGUUGAUUCAGAUUUUCAUUUUCUUUUCUGACUUUACAUCUUGCUAAUCUCCAAAGCCAGGAGGAUGUUGGUGUGUGCCAGAGUUACAAAUGACUGGAUAUCCUUGAGAGUUAAUGGUUCCUGCAGCAUCACGUUCCCGGUCUCCCACAAAGAUCUUGUGUCCUCCCUUCCACGGUAGCUCAGACAUGGAAAGCCAAAUUCGAACCGUGUGUUAGCGAAUAUGCGUAAAAAAACAGAAAACGGAGUGAGGGUUAGAGGGCUUCCUUAAAAUACCUAGUUUAAACAGUAUGUUUGCACUCAAGCACUUUCUAAGUUCAUGAUCCUGGUAAUCACAAGGACACAUGGAUACAUGAAAUUCGUAGUAUUUGAGAAUCAACUGCAAUAUCUUGUAAAAGGAGAAACAGGUCAGAUCAUCUCACUCAGGUUUAUCCAGACACUGAGCAGGAAGGCUGCCUUCUUCCUCUAACCCAGCUACAGAAGGUAACCCCGACAGUCUUACCAGAGAGUUUGGUCCCUUGACCUUUAGCAGAAGGCUGGGUUCCAGUGGAGUGAAGAGGCUUUCUCCUGUGAGAUAUACCUUGUCUUAUUAUUUUAUACUCAAUUAAGAGAGAGGCUUUCAUUACCCAAACUUUGCAAAUACAUUUUGAAUCCACAGGGUUUUUUUUCUGGGCAGUCCCUCUUUUGCUAGUCCCACAUAAGCUGUAUUUUUUAUUUUGUUUUGUUUUUUGGGAGGUUGUAAUAGGAAUCCUCCAGGCCCGAAAAGGCUUAGAUCUAGCACUAAGAUGCACAUCCGCUAUAGAUCUGUAUUCGGUGCUAACCUCGUGUCUUCUGUAUACUGUGGGUGUGCCUGAUUUCAUACACCUUUGGGAAACCUUCCGCUAGAAACACUUGAGAAGAGACCAUAAGGCAUGUAGCCAGAAAGUGUCAGCUGACCUUUCAUUUCGCUGGCAUUAAAAAGCUUUUAUAGGGGUUUGCAUUAUUUUCUCCAAAAGCAUUUGCUGUUUGAGUUGGUCAUUUUGACAGUUAGCUGUCAGUUACGGCCUGCAUUUCCAGUCUCACCUUCAUUAUUUCUGUAUGGGUUUAAGUGCUUGGAGUAUAACUCACAAGUGUUUCUCUUGAACACAGGCAUUGAUCCUCUGCCAAUGAAUGGUUGAGGGAGGUGGGAAUGACUGAUUUCAAAUUGUGGUUUGAAGAGAGGUUGAUGGGGUGAACUGGAAAGUGGGGGACCUAUUCUAGUUGUUUCUGUUGCAAAGAAAGUUCUCUUCAGGCCACUGUGGAAGUGGAUGGGAGGUUUGUUGUUGGUGCCCAAUGAGUAUCUUUUUCUGACAAGUCUAGUUCACACCAGAGUUGGACAAGGAAGGCUGGGUUGAAAUUUAAAUUUAUACUGGUUGUGAGGACAGAAUCGAUGGAUUAUAUAUAGAGAGAGGAAUGAAUGUCAGAGAAAGUGAUGCAGACAGAUCCUGGGUAGGGCGAGGAGAGCUCAGUCAGUAUGCACAUUACUUACCUAUAUAGCCAAUGGGUUCAGAUGAUUUUCUGGCAUUGUAAGGAAAAUACCUUUCUCCUAGGUUUCACAUCUUUUCUUUUCCUCUUUCUUCCCCCCUCCCCCCCUUUCGUACCUCCCUCUUAUCAUUGCCCAGAAGCCACUAUUCCAGGAGUGGAAGUGGGGAAGACACAGAGAAAAGGGCGAAGGAGAAUGGAGCAGCCAGCAAUCCUUGCUGCACCAGAAGAAGUGAUACCCAAUCCUAAUGUACCUGGCUAACUGGUGGUGAGCAGGGGCUUUGGGGCCAACGUGGUGGGCUCCCCAAGGAAACCCCUUUGAAACCAAUGGAUGCAUUCACGGGCUCGAGUCUCAAGAGGAAGUUUGAUGAUGUGGAUGUGGGCUCCUCAGUUUCCAACUCAGAUGAUGAGAUCUCCAGCAGUGACAGUGCUGACAGCUGUGACAGCCUCAAUCCUCCUACAGCUGCCAGCUUCACGCCCACAUCCAUCCUCAAGCGGCAGAAGCAGUUGCGGAGGAAGAAUGUACGCUUUGACCAGGUGACCGUGUACUACUUCGCCCGGCGCCAGGGUUUUACCAGUGUGCCCAGCCAGGGUGGGAGCUCGCUGGGCAUGGCCCAGCGCCAUAACUCCGUACGCAGCUACACGCUCUGUGAGUUUGCUCAAGAGCAGGAGGUGAACCAUCGGGAGAUUCUUCGUGAGCACCUGAAGGAGGAGAAACUCCAUGCCAAGAAGAUGAAGCUGACCAAGAAUGGGACAGUGGAGUCGGUGGAGGCCGAUGGCCUGACCCUGGAUGAUGUUUCAGAUGAAGAUAUUGAUGUGGAAAACGUGGAGGUGGAUGAUUACUUCUUCCUGCAGCCCCUGCCCACCAAACGGCGACGAGCCUUGCUGAGGGCUUCGGGGGUCCACCGCAUUGAUGCUGAAGAGAAGCAAGAACUUCGAGCCAUCCGCCUGUCACGGGAAGAGUGUGGUUGUGACUGUCGCCUGUAUUGUGACCCAGAAGCAUGUGCCUGUAGUCAGGCUGGGAUUAAAUGCCAGGUGGAUCGCAUGUCCUUCCCAUGCGGCUGUUCACGGGAUGGCUGUGGGAACAUGGCUGGGCGCAUUGAGUUUAAUCCGAUCCGGGUCCGGACUCAUUACCUCCACACCAUCAUGAAGCUGGAGCUGGAGAGCAAGCGGCAGGUGAGCCGCCCACCGGCCCCAGACGAGGAGCCCUCCCCCACGGCCAGCUGCAGCCUGACGGGAGCCCAGGGCUCGGAGACACAGGACUUUCAGGAGUUCCUCGCUGAGAACGAGACGGCAGUGAUGCACCUGCAGAGCGCGGAGGAACUGGAGCGGCUCAAGGCAGAGGAAGAUUCCAGUGGCUCUAGCGCCAGCCUGGACUCCAGCAUAGAGAGCCUGGGCGUGUGCAUCCUGGAGGAGCCCCUGGCUGUUCCCGAAGAGCUGUGCCCUGGCCUGACCGCCCCCAUUCUCAUCCAGGCCCAGCUGCCCCCCGGCUCCUCGGUCCUGUGUUUUGCCGAGAACUCGGACCACCCCAGCGCCUCAGCAGUGAACAGCCCGUCCUACUUGAACAGCGGGCCCCUGGUCUAUUAUCAGGUGGAGCAGAGGCCCAUGCUGGGGGUGAAAGGAGAGCCCAGUACCGAAGAAGUCCCACCCUCUUUCCCCAAGGAGAAGGAUCUGAAUGUCUUCUCUCUCCCUGUUACCUCACUGGUGGCUUGUAGCCCCACAGACCCAGCUGCCCUGUGUAAAUCGGAAGUGGGGAAAACGUCCACUCUAGAAGCGCUAGUGCCGGAAGCUUGUAGCCCUGAGGAGCCUGAGAAUGAAGACUUCCGCCCCUCGUGGUCCCCCUCGAGCCUCCCCUUCCGCACGGACAACGAAGAGGGCUGUGUGGUGGAGAAAGGCUCACAGCAGAGUGAGGACAGGCCCCCUGAAGAUUCUUCCCUAGAACUCCCUCUGGCAGUGUGACGCGGGGACGGAGAUUCUGUCUCUUACCCAUUCUCUAUUUAUUCCCUUAUUUUAUCUGACACCAUUUCAAAACAAAACUGUAGAAGCAGCUGCUACCCCCAUGUUAUUUUAUCGGGGUCUUGGGGGGGAUGGGUGGGAAAGAAUUGUUUGUAAAAGUAUUUUCUAAGGGUAAACGGAACCAAGGAGACCAGUCCCAGCUUGAUCUGGGGAGAGUCUUGGGGCAGAGGCUGCACAGUGCUGAAUACUGAGCUUUCUGGGCCACUGGAACAAAGAAUGCGGAUCUCACAGGAGAAGCUGGGUAAUUCAAGCAGCUAUUCUUUAUGUAGGGACCAGAACACAGUAAUUUGAACAGCAUGGCAAAGCCCCUUCUCCUUCCCUGAGCUCCAGGUGGGGCACGAGCUCAUUUUCUCAUCAGUCACCCUGAUAUCCCACUUUGGUGUAUCGUCAUCAGCUGGAAUAUCAUCUGGUCACAUCCAGAGGGGAGUGGAUAGAAGGGUCUCUGCUUCUGUAGGAAACCUCCGGGAUUUAUCAAAAUUUAACCUGCCUUCCCUGGCCCCCCUAUUUGGUAAAUAAGUUAAUAUUUGACAUGUUUAGUGUUCUCUGACCUGUUCCCCACACUGGGGAUUCCUGGUCUGUAACUUGAAUUAUUUCUUUCAUGUGUUCUUAGGUACUAGGGUUAGACUUGUCUAUUUAUCUUUUUUCCCCCCUCCUUCCUUUUCCCUUGAAGAAAAAGCUAGAUUGGCUGGGGAUGUGGCCUAAAGAGCCAGGGUCUUCUGUCUGUGUCUAACGCUGGCUCUGUCGGGCGGCUUUAGGCUGUGGGAGGCGUACAUGGAGCAGUAACUGUCCAAAAGAGGCAGCAGGGACAGGCUGCUGUCUGGAAAGAAGACUUUAUUUGCACCACGCUUGCUUUUUCACCCAGGUUUUUCUCCCACUCUGGGAGGUUUGAGCUUUAAAGGAACAUAGGAUGUGGUAAUCUAAAGUCACUGACUAGUUUUUGUUCUUUUUUUCUGUAUCCACCCUCGUGGUCCUUGGAUAUACAGCGUUGGAGAGUUCUUACACUGUUCCUGUCCACACAGGUUUCCCUCCCUCCCCCCCCCCACCGGCCCCAAGAACUGCAAAUGUUAAUUGCAUCCCUCCAUCUUGAUAUGUAAAAAUUGGAAGCCUAACUAAUUCUUAAAUGCAGCUCCCAGGUUCCAAAGAAUUCAAGUUCCGAAUAUAACCUUUGAGAUCUAUAAAUUGGGGCUCAAAUUCAGCUCUUACCUCUGUGGGGGGACACGGUUCCUGCUCUUAUGUCCAGCUUACGUUCCAGGAUGUGCUCCACUGAACACCAUGGAAUUCUUUUUAUUAACAGUUCUCUCUGCCUCCCUUUGGAGGCAGGAGGGAGCAAAACACUCUUCUCUAGCACCCUUUACAUCAUGCUUCACUUCUGGUAUGGUUUAUUAACCAGCAAAGAACAAGGGAAAACCCUCUUUGGUUUUGGUGGGGGAGAGAACUCUUUCCACUUACCUUGCUCACCAAGCCUUUUCUCGGGGGUCGUUAAAGCACCCUUUAUGUAGGUCCCGGCAGCAGUUCACCUACCAUAUCUCUCACCUGAGCCUGCGAGGCCUUGUACUUCAACAGAUACAUCUUUUAACCCAGUCUGCCUCUCCUGUUCAUUCCGGUUUUGCUUGGUUUUACAUUUGGAGGGGAGUUCUUAAGUACGGGACCUUGUCCCCCCCCCCCCCCCCCCAAUCCUCUGGCCUCACAAAACAGACAGUCUUAAGUACCUGAGAUCUUGACACUCUCCCAAGCUGAACACCACUCUCCCACCUUCGGCCGGCCCCUUGAAUACGAGACUGAAGCUUCACUGCAAAGUUGACUCUGGAGAAGAACCUUCCUGAAAGUUUGUGUUGGAAGGGGAGGGUGGGCUCUACACAUUCCCUCCUUAGGAAGGCUCCAGCCUCACCUAGGAGGUGGAUUCCAGCUGCUCAAUAAGAGACACUUUAGCCUUUGGGAUCAAACCAAGAAUCUGAAUCUAAUUGUCAAAAUGACUGCCAACCCCCAAGAUAAUUUGGUUUUUCUGAAAAACUAGUUUCUUCACUUGAUCUUAGCCAAAAGGCCAAGAAGCGAUAUCUGAAAAAACCAGUUUCUUAAUCCAAGUCCAUCCCUCCACUAACUCAACAAUUCUGACUCCUGCUGAUCCCAAGUUUUUUAAUGCUGAAUAUUAACAUUGAGCAUUAAUCGUCUUGUCAAGCAAACAGCCUUUUCUACAACCUAGUCCAUCUCGUUUCUGGUGCUACCUGAGCUGGACAGAAUUCUGGCUCAUGGUUGCUAGAAAAGCUAAGCCUAGGCCUCCUGUGAUCAGGAGCAGAUGGCUUCGGUCCCGCUCAGUCUAGGCCUAGAUAAAAGAAAUCUCUUAUUAUUGCAACUCAUUAUUUUCCAGUUUCCUUUCUCACAUACUGUAUACAGGUAGUAUUUUCAAUGUGAAUCCAAAGCUUGUCUGGUUCUCUGAAAGGAAUUUUUUUUUUUUUUUUUUUGCCUUUUAGGUCCUUUACAUUGUGAUAAUGCUGUAUUUAAAGAGACUAUUUAAAUGUAAUAUUAAAGAAAUACUCAA